CUUACAUACUUAAUACUUAAAACUGCUCUAUUUACUUAUCUAACACCUAAACUUCAUUAUUUACUGUUCUACCACUUAAACACAACUAGGCUCAUCUAAAUUACCACUCUUGUUACCUCUUGUCAAAAUCUCACUCUGUCCUUAUCUUUUGCGCAGCAAUCACCUCUCCUCUUUAUUGUUGUUUAAGCAGCUCCCUCUCGCGUUUGAAUAAAACGCUACUCAUCUUCUCAAGAUCGUGUGAACAUAUACCAACUGAGCAAAAUCGUUUGACAUUUUGUGCGAACAUCCCAACUGAUGACCUCCCAUGGGCUCUUCCUCGAUCAAUCAGGAUCUGCAUUGCCUAGUUCAAAUGUUGAAGUAUCCGUCACGGUUACUCAAGAUGGCUCUCCCUCCCCUCAUGAGGCCACGAUAAAAGUCUAUAUUGACUCUCACACUCAUAGGUCUAAAUCUAAUUGGGAGGAAGGUGAACUGCAUUCUGAUGUGGAGAUUCAUUCCAAAAUGAAAAGUAUUUCUAAGUAUAAAGUUAUGCAUAGUUCCUUUGAGGAUUUUGAUAGAGUAUCCAAUAAGAAAAAGUGGAGGAACUAUAAUAAAAUAAAUUUGAUGUGAUAGCCUCUCAAUCUAGAUAUACUAGAUCAAAAGCAGCUACCCUAUCAGAUUAUUAAGAAUAAGUCCCUAAUUUGGAAUGUAAGUGGGGCGGGUAAUAUACUUUCUCGCUCUUGGAUUUGUAAUCUACGUAGAAAUCAUAACAUUUCUUUUUUAGCUAUUUUAGAGUCAUUAGUUGGUACAUCUAAAUUGAGUAUUUGUCGAAGGAAACUUUGUUUUAAUUCUUCUUUUGUAAACUCUAAUGGGAAAAUAUGGCUUUUUUUUAAUGCUUCUAUUAAUUUCUAUAUUCUAGCUGAUUUUGAGCAAGUCAUUCAUUAUAUUUUUUGUAUUAACAAUGCACUUAUUUUUUGUUCUAUUUGUUAUGCUAGUUGUUCUAAAGUGGGUCA